UGUUUCGUCUUUACCUCUCCAACAAAACUCAGCACGCAACCUAACAAUGGGAGGAAGCUCCAGUUUCAAGGAUGAAUUUACCUUCGUGCAAAGGCUUGAAGAAUCGCGAGAUAUUAUAGCCAAAUACCCCGAUCGAGUUCCCGUGAUUGUGGAGAGAUAUGCGAAAUGCGACCUGCCUCAGUUGGAGAAGAAAAAAUACCUUGUUCCCCGCGACCUGUCAGUCGGUCAUUUCAUUCAUAUUCUGAGUUCUAGGCUUCGUCUGCCCCCUGGAAAAGCUCUCUUUGUGUUUGUCAAGAAUACAUUACCUCAAACUGCUACUCUUGUGGACUCUGUUUAUCAAUCAUUCAGGGACGAGGAUGGGUUUCUUUACAUGUAUUAUAGCACGGAGAAAACCUUUGGUUAAGUAGAUAAAUGUAGAAAACCACUGAACUCUGUAAACUACUGUAUAUAGAAUGCCUAUGGGAACAACAUCAUACAUAUUUGCUGUAUGCUGAUAUCUUGUAAUUGUAUGUUAUUAAGUUUAUCAAUGUAAUGAAGUUCUAGUUUCAUAUA